AGUUCCGACUUCAACUACAACUCCCAGAAUUCAACAGCAAUGCAGUAGGUGUAUCCGGUGUCUUAAACUCAUUUUACUUCCUCCCAGACGUAACGACACGGGCAGCCCGAGAAAGAAAACGUAGCUAACUUUUAAAAGCGGCAAUCGACAAGAGCUGUUCGGACAGUUUGAAAUUUUACAACAAAAUCGGGGCAUGUUGUUCGACGUGACUGAAUAUUGAAAAAUCCGCGAAAAGUAAAGACUGAAACGCGUUGGCCGCUCAAGAAAGUUUGUGCGAGGGCCUGUAAACAACAUGUCGUCUGCCUCACAGACAUCCUCUAGGCGGCAAUGGUGCUAUCUCUGCGAUCUGCCCAAGAUGCCCUGGGCCAUGCUCUGGGAAUUCAGCGAAGCUGUUUGCCGGGGAUGCGUGAACUACGACGGGGCAGAUAGAAUCGAGCUUCUAAUUGAGACGGCCAGGCAGUUGAAGAGCAGCCACGGUGUUUUGGACGGAAGGUCCCCAGGCCCUCAGCAUGGAAAACCCAGCUCAGGUGGGCCAAUGGAAGGAGGGAGGCAGCACGCAGAGCGUUUAGACAGGGUUAGGGGAGAGUAUGGAGUUUCCCCCCGUCUCCCCAAUGGUCUGCACAGAGCUGAGGAUGUGAGUAUGUCAGAAGGGAGCAGGCAGAGCCCCAACACCAGACGGGCUAUGGCUGGGGCCAUACCUGCUUUACAUGGGACCAUACCUCAUGCUUUGAUAGCCCAGGGGUUAGUGGGGCCCCCUCACGGCUUGUUGGCUCCCGUUUUAGGCACCAGGGCUGGGGGGCAACAGAUUGCUGGCUCCUCUGGCCCUAUAAUGGGUGAUGUUAGUAGGCGUCAGGUAGUGUCAGCCAUGUCCCUGGGAGCUGGCGCCUCUGCUCUGGUGGGUCUGGAAGCAGGCUGGAGGAAUGGGGAGGUCAUGGCUGAGCUAGCGGAGAGCGCCAGGAGCCGGGCAGAGGGCUGGCCCAACCGCCCCAAAGUGGUAAGAGAAGUCCUGGUGACCCUCUGUGGCUGUGCCCCCUUCAGUGUGCGCUUCAGGAAAGACCACAACUUGGUGGGGCGCAUCCUCGCUUUCGAAGCCGGGGCCGGGCCAGAGUUUGAGCUGAAGGUGUUUGUGGAGUACCCCAGCGGCUCUGGAAUAGUGUUCUCUGGCAUCACGGAGCUGGUCAGGCAGAUGUUCCGAGACUCUAACAAAGACGCAGGCAAAGCAGUGAACUCUGGGCUGCGCUAUGUGGAAUACGAGAGGCGGCAGAGCGCUGGGGACUGGCGUGCACUCACUGAGCUCCUGAGCGAUGGCGUGCGUUCAUUUAAGGAGCCACCGAUGCCCGAUGUUCUUCCACAGUUGUACGCAGAUGGCGGCAUGCCAAUGGUGCCUGCCGUUCGCUCUGCACCUCCAAAGGGUGCUGCACGGCGACGCAAAGCAUCCCCUGGAUCAGAAAACGGAGAGAGUGAAGGAAGGCCAAUGGGGGAUCACCCAGCCAGGGAUCCCUGGCCUCGAGGUGCCUAUCCAGGCAUGGAGCCCCUGGGCUCAGGCAUGCCCAACCCCCAGGACGGCCCGCCCCGCUCCCACAGCCAGCCCUCACCCAUCUCAGCGCUCAUCGGAGUUGCCGACAGCCUGAGCUCCAACCAGAUGUCACGAGAUGGCCCCGGCAUGUCCUCGGCCCACUCCUCCGCAUCUGGUCGCCCAACCAGUGGCAGUCCCUCUUCAGCCUCUGCUGCAGUCUCCCAGGCAGUUAUGGGCCAAGGUGCCCAAGGGGGGCCAAGCACCACCAGUGUUGGGGAGUCUGGAAGUGGCACCCCAAGCGCCCUGCUCUGCUGCACCCUUUGCCGAGAGCGCCUGGAGGACACUCAUUUUGUCCAGUGUCCAUCUGUCCCGCACCACAAGUUCUGCUUCCCAUGCACGCGCGGCUCCAUUCGCAGCCAGGGCCCCGGAGGAGAGGUGUACUGCCCCAGCGGCGAGCGCUGCCCUCUGGCUGGAUCCACCGUGCCCUGGGCCUUCAUGCAGGGAGAGAUCUCCACCAUCCUUGCCGGAGACGGAGACGUGACGGUAAAGAAGGAGAACGACCCCUGACCAUGUCUUAUUGAGCGGGUCAAACAACACUUUAAAAGCACUUCCCUGAUCUAUCUCACCCGGAAGGUUCAUCACAUGUGCCUCAUAACUGAAUCACCACGCAAGCCAGGAGGCAACAGAACAACCUUCUAAACAAGUUAGGAGGGCACCAGAACCAUCGAGGGGGGCCACAAGUCUUUUCUGGGCUGGGCUCAUCUGCAGGGGUUAGUAGUAACAGUUUAAACAAGAGAAAAUCUGGCACACAUUAUUCUUCAUGUCCAACACAGCAGCAGAGGCUAUUCAAGAGGCCUUGUUUUAAAAGCCCAGGAUUAAAAGCACAGGUCUGCUCUUCAAUAUGACAAUCUCUCAGCGUUUCAGAUGUUUCUAUAUAUUAUAUUUAAAAAAAUAUUUAGUUGCAUACUGUCAUACAAGUGAAUGAUACUGAUAUUGAAAGUACAUGGGUAGCCAGAAUCAUGCAAUUAUUUGGACAGGAAAAAUAUAAUUGUGAAAAAAUAAAUGGCAAAACCUAGUAGGUCCUUAAAGCCAUGGUUUCAACAUUUUAUUAACACAUACAAUGUCUCCAUGUAUGCUCCUUUAUUACAUAUUGUAUGUCAAAAAUGUGAAUUUACUUUCAACGACUAUGUAAUUUCUACUUUUGAUACAAUACACAUUUAUAUGUAUGAGUUUAUAGUGGUAAGACCAAAGACUGCUUUGUGCGCUGUAAUUUUAUUGUAUUGUAUCUAUGUAUGCUGUACACGCUGAUAACCUCUGGCAUCAGUCACUCUGUUUCAUCUACCACAAAAGUAAGCUGGUUGUUUGUCUGUCUAAUUGACUUUUCCUGAAAUCCUCCCAAAUAUAUGUACGGUUAGAUAAUUAGCAACAUGCUUCAAUGGUUAGCCCACGUACUCAAAUGUGAUCGAAUGGGGUCAACUCUAUAAUAAAUUACAGAAUAUUAA